CAGCCGUCCGAAGUCAUGUCGGCAAGCACCUGCGCAAAAGGUUCCCUGGGGGAAGAUUGGCAGCAGAGAAAGAAUUUUGUGACCCCGUGCCUAGCUGCAGUGCUGUGCCCAGCCCAGCCCCUGACCCUGCUCUGUCAACCAGCCCCAGUAGGAGUAGUAGAACUCUGCCACGCACUGCCCUUUUCAGCCCUAAUCCAUCAACAAGCCCAUCUACACCAUACAGCCAGCUUUCAGACAACCUUCUAUUCGCCAGUCCAAUCAGCAACGACAGCGGCAUUCCACCAAGCAGUUCUUCUAUCAACCCUGAUCUGUGGAUGGAUAUUUCCGAUCCUGUGCCAGGAAAAAAGGAUGUGGCGACACAGACAGGCGAAGACAACAGCAUAGGUGGACAGUCAAACCCAGUCAAGGCACACAAAUCCCAGACAGUUCAACAGUCAAACCCGAAUCAACCACUUCUCCACUCAACCCCAGUAAAGGCAAGCCAUCUCAUGGACCUGGACAUGUCAUUCACACCAUCUUCCACGUGCUCAACCCCAGUAAAGAAAAGAGACCUGUCCUACCGUCCCGGCUCUGAAUCGGAAUCUGAAUCUGAAUGUGAGCUUGUAGAUGAAGAAUGCCUCCUAGAAGGAAGAAGGUUUAUCGUUUUUGGUGAGCAGCUGAAAGAACUUUUCCAGAAAUGUCCUUCAUGCGGUGGUCAAACACUACUGGAUACAAAAACCAGAGGUUGUGCCGUUUCUAUCACGUACACGUGCGAAAACAACCACACUGGGACAUGGCAGUCACAACCCUAUGAUAAGGGAAGAGCUCGUGGGAACCUGCUCAUUCCAUCUGCCAUCCUCUUCACUGGCGGGUCCGUAUCGAAAUUCAUUGACUUUGCGGACUGUCUACAGCUCCAGUUUUUCAGCGAACAACACUUCCACAGCAUCCAGCGAACAUUCGCCAUUCCAGUAGUGAAUGAACAUUACCUUAGCCAGCAAAACAUGGCACUCGACUUGUGCAGGGGUGCGCCUAUAGAUAUAAUCGGGGAUGGAAGAUGCGAUAGCCCGGGCCACAACGCCAAGUAUAUGUCUUACACUCUUAUGGAGGAAACCACCGGUCUCAUCUUAGCCAUGGAACUCAUCCAGGUGACUGAAACGGGAACCUCCCAGGCCAUGGAGAAGGAAGGCCUGGAUCGAUGUCUCGCGUUCUUGACAGACCCGGAAGGAGAGGAUAUGGAGGUUCAGUGUCUCACAACAGACAGGCACAGGGGAGCUGGUGCCCUUAUGAGGAAGGUGUACAAAGAGAUCGAACAUCAAUUUGACAUCUUCCACGUCUGUAAAAAUGUGAAAAAGAAGAUUUUCGAUAAGGCCAAAGGAAGAAACUGCGCAGAACUGCUACAGUGGCUCAAAUCAAUCUGCAACCAUCUUUGGUGGGCAGUACAGACCUGUGAGGGGAAUGCAGAGAAUGACAAGUACAAGCACACCGGUGAAGUGGAGGUAUACCACAAUGUGGUCACCAAGUACGCACCAAAGAGGAUCCACUACUCAUACAACGGUAUGAAGGCCCGUGUACAGCUCUCCAUCAUUGACCACAAUGAGAACAUCGGAAGGAAACAGGCAAAGACCCUGAAAGGAGACACAAUGACCCGACUGGACUGGAGCAAAAAGCAGAAGCGCUAUGCUGUAAAGAAUGUGUACGAACAGAAGGACUACAGCUUCCGGCAAAAGCUGAUGGCAGACGUCUUGGAAAGGGCACAGAAUGGAGAGAAGACUCCAAUCCCUCGGAGGCCAGAUCUGCCAAAAAACAUUGCUCCUGAACCACGACCAGACAAGGCUCAAGCCCUGGCAGCUCACAGGUCGAGGUUUCCUGACAGGGGAGGACGUACUUAGCAGACUCACACAGGACCUGGAGAGCUGCUGUGUUAUUCUGGGAAAGGUUUGCUUGUUGAGCCAGUCCUUGACUUCUGUACCAUGUUGUAUUUCCUCAUGAGAAAAGUUGGAAAUGUAUACACAUUGUACUCAGCUACAUGUUAUGCUGUGUUAUUCUGACAAAGGUUUGCUUGAUGAGCCAGUCCUUGAUUUCAUUAUCAUGUUGUAUUUCCUCUGUGAGAUUGUUGUUCACAGUAUCUCCGAUAGUAGAUGAGGAAAAGUUAACAAAGGAGCAUAUUUUCUUUUAUCACAUACUGUUUUUAUAAGUCAUAAUUGGUUCUUACUACAUGGGUGUAUGAUUUAUAUAUGAAGUCACAUUCGUAUCGAUGUAGAAAACUAAGUUUCUAACACUGUAAAAUAUAUUUCUAUGACAUGGAGAAUGUAAACAACUAUUAGUGAACAAUUCUGGUGG